AUGGCAUCCGGAUACCUCGACCCUGCCAUCUCCGCUCGCAAGAAACGAGACACGAGCGAAAAACCUCCCUUGUCUACGUUAGUCCCUCACGGUAGGGCAGGGAAAGACACAAUCAACGGACCAAAAGUUCUCGGCAGUUUCACAGGAGAAGUGUGGCUAGACCCUAUUCUCAUGCAAGCUGGUGUCGACUGCACGGCGGCCAAUGUAACUUUCCUGCCUGGAUCAUGCACAAACUGGCACAAGCACGAAAGGGGCCAGUAUCUGAGAGUUCUGGCGGGGGCUGGUUGGGUUUGUGAUCAAGGAGAGAAGCCAAGGCGCAUAUCUGCUGGCGAUGUGAUUUGGUGUCCUGCUGGUGGGAUUCAUUGGCAUGGUGCAGAUAAGUCGAGUAUCAUGGUACAUGAAGCGGUUUCGUUCGGCGGGAUUGAGUGGUAUGAUCAGGUGAAAGAUGAUGUCUAUGCCGAUACAAAGGCGUGACUGGAUCAAGGGAUCUCGCCAAUUUGGAUACGACUAUUGUGAGAUGAUCGAACGACGAGACAUGAAAAAUGCGCUUUGACCUCAUAGGAAAUGCGACUCAAAUAUCUGCAGUGAGAUCUGUGAAGAGGAG